UCAGACAGAAGUCACCCUUGUCUUUCUCUCCUUCCAAGAACCUUCCGCUCUCUCUCCCUCUUCAGGCUCUUCUCAUUCUCUUCCCGUACUCGAUUCUCUCUCGCUUCCAUUUCCUUCCUCUCCCCUAAUUGUACUCCUCCAUUUCCCUCCCCCACCACCAUGGGAUGGGGCUGCCCUCUUUCUUGCAGAAACAACCCCCUCCACCGUAACAAUUAACAACCCCAUCCACCCUGAUGACCCGCCCAAUAAACAAUUAUACCAGUUGCUACAACACGAACCCCGCCCCCUCCCCUUCUUUCGUCCCAAGCCUUUCUUUUGCUAGAAAAAUUUUAGUACUACUACUUUCUAGUCCCAGAUUUUAUUUUGUAUUUUUCUCUGGGUUUUCCUUUUUUUCUUUUUAGGGGGUUCGUUUAUAGAAAUUCCAUUUCAUUUUUGUCAUCAAUCAAUAACCUAGACAUCUAUAUCUUCAACGAAAGACAACCCAAAACAAACACGGGUGAGGGGAUUUAUUCCGGACCAAUUGAAAACUGGGGGUGGGGUGGCAGUAUCCGUCCGUCCGUUUGUUUAUUGAUACAGUGCUAGUUUUUCCUCCUUUUUUUUUCGGGUGGAGAGGUUUUGGAGGGUGGUUUAGAUAAUCGAUCAGUCGGUCGGUCGGUCAGUCAAAUCAAUCCAAACACCUCUAGAGGAGAGCUAAUCAUGCGACCGAUUCAACCAUCGCCGCCAGCCACCUCCUCCGCGGCUACCCCUCCCUCUUCCUCCUCUUCCUCCUCCUCCUCCUCCUCCUCCCCCGCAUCAAAUCGGAACCGCUCGCGGCGGCGCCCCGACCUUACUCUUCCGCUUCCCCAGCGAGACCCCAAGUUAGCUGUCCCCCUUCCCCUCCCGCCCACCUCCGCCCCAUCCUCCUCCACCUCCUCCUCCUGCUUUUCCCCUCCCCUAAACUUCUCCCAGCUGGAGAGGAUCAAUCGCAUCGGCAGCGGCAGCGGCGGCACCGUCUACAAAGUCCUCCACCGCCCCACCGGCAAACUCUACGCCCUCAAGGUCAUCUAUGGCUACCUCGAUGACUCUGUCCGCCUCCAGAUCUGCCGCGAGAUCGAGAUCCUCCGCGACGUCGACAACCCCAACGUGGUUAGAUGCCACGACAUGAACGACCACAACGGUGAAAUCCAAGUCCUCCUCGAGUACAUGGACAAGGGCUCCCUCGAGGGGAUCCACAUCCCCCACGAGCCCUCCCUUUCCGAUCUCACUCGCCAGAUUCUCUCCGGCUUGUACUAUCUCCACAAGCGUAAGAUCGUUCACCGGGAUAUUAAACCCUCCAACCUCCUCAUCAACGCCAAGAGGGCCGUUAAAAUCGCCGACUUCGGCGUCUCCAGAAUCCUAGCCCAGACUAUGGAUCCCUGCAAUUCCUCCGUCGGCACUAUUGCUUACAUGAGUCCCGAGAGAAUCAACACCGAUCUGAAUCAUGGCAAGUACGACGGCUAUGCGGGUGACAUAUGGAGCUUGGGCGUCAGCAUACUGGAAUUCUAUUUGGGAAGGUUUCCGUUUGCGGUCGGCAGGCAAGGUGAUUGGGCCACCCUCAUGUGCGCCAUUUGUAUGUCGGACCCUCCGGAGGUGCCGCAGACGGCGUCCAGAGAGUUUAGGGAUUUUAUUGCUUCUUGUCUCCAGAGGGACCCUGCUAAGCGGUGGACCGCCGCGCAGUUGUUGCGCCAUCCCUUCAUCCUUCAGUACAGUUCUCCCAGCUCCUCCUUGGCUAGUGCUAGCUCCGCCAAUAAUCAAACCCAGGUGCUUCAUCAGACCCACCAAUUAUUGCCUCCUCCACGUCCGCAUUUUUCUUCUUCUUGAUUUUUCUUGCCAGCCCCGAGGAAGAAAAGAAAAGUUUUUUUUUUAAAAUUUUACCCCCCCCUCUCUCUCUCUUUUUUAUUGCGAGUUUCAUUGUGUAAGUCUAUUUUCAUGAAAUGGAGAAAAUUACUGUUGACUGAUGUGAUGGAAUGGAUAGUGGAUGAUGUAUUUUAGGCAAAAAGAGAAGGAAUAGAAAUUUGGCGAAAUGGGCAAAGUUUUAAUUUGAAAGGUUGUGUUUAGCUUAUGGUUCAGUAUCAAUCAUUCAAAUUUGCCUUUUGAUGAUGUUUUGCCAUAAGAGGAAAAUCUUUACUUUCGAGAUUAGCUUGAGCUUGCUGCUGUGCUAGUUCUUCUCAUUUGAGUAAGCAAUUUGAUGAUCCAUUGUAUUCCAGCGCUGCUGGAUGGAUACUUUUGGUACAUGGCAUUUUGUGCGUCAAUCGUGAGCACGAAUGAUUGAUGUGUAAAGUGGCAAAUAAUUCUGUACCGGGAAUCUUAGCUUGAGAAAAGAAUGGCAAGGUUGAUUCCUGUAGUUUGAUAAUUGUAGCUGGAAAUUGGUAUAUUUUUAUCAGUUUGACUUGGAACAUUCAGUUUUUAAGUCCUAUGUUGGGGCUAUGUUUGCAUGCAUAGCCCGGGAUUAGGUAGUGCAGAGCAUUGCUUGAGUUAGGUUUCAUUUGCCUUUUGAGAAUAUCUUGUAUGUGAAUGCGGAAGAACCUAUUACUUGGUGGUGGUGUAUCAAUUUCUCUUUUUAAGGGAGGACAAUUCCAAUAACGUGAAAAGUGAAACCUUUCUUUUUGUUUCC